CAAGCCGAACCCCUCCGCGCGCUCGGCAGGGGCCUUCCGGGCCAUGCUGAACCUCAAGGCCGCGCGGGAACUGGCGGCCAAGGAGCUGGGCGCCAACCGCCGGGACGGCGAUAGCACUGGGUGCAGCCGCCGCAGCACCAGCAUUAGCCCCCGGAAGGAGGUCGCCACCUCCACCGCGCCCGUCGCCACCAUGUCGGCCGACGGAAACGACGCCCCUUUGGCGCUGCGGCCGCAGUUCGCGGUGGGGGAGCGGGUGGAGUACCGCAGCGACACCCACCGGCAGUGGCUCCAGGGUACCGUGCAGAGAAUUCGCGAGGGCGGAGCGGUGUAUGACCUGGACGUGAAGAAAGGAGCGCAGGCCAGCAAGCUGCGAAAGGCACUGGCGCCAGAGGAGAGCUACGAGCGCGAGCCGCGGGAAGUCACCGCGCUCCCGCUGCAGCUGGAGCCGGUGACGGCAGCCAGGCCGAGCCCGCGCCUGGCCCAGGCCCGCGAGGCGCGGGAGGCCCGGGAGGCGCGGGAGGCGCGCGAGGCGCGGGACGCCGCGCAGGACGAGCUGCGCCUCUCCCCGGCGCGCUCCGCGCGCUCCGCGCGGGAAAGCCGCGAGGGUCCAGCGCGGAACUCGGCGGUGGCGAGGAAGCGAGAGAUGGAGCAGACCGAGGUCCAGGUCAAGCCAUAUUUGGGCUUAGAUGAGCAGCAGGUCACCUGGGCAGCCCGCGCGGGGCAGGAGAUGGCCUCCCGCGCCGGCGCGGUGACCGUGCGGAGGAUGCUGGACACCACCAAGCAGCUGCUGCAGAACCUGGAGACGGCGCUGAUGCUGCGCGCGGGGUUCUUGGCCAACUGCUUCAGCAACUGGCGCCUGGAGGUGCAGCUGUCCAAGCUGGAUGCGCGGCACCGGGAGGAGCUGGAGCAGCACCACGACGCGUGGGCGGCCCAUUUCCAGAACCACCAGCAGAGCUUCGAGGAGGAGCUGGCGAAGCACGCGCGGCACGCCAUGAGCGCCAAGGAGAAGCGGCGGCAGCAGGCGGAGCUCAUCGUGGACCAAUGGGCGGAGGGGGAGAGCAAGGGCCUGAAGCGGUCCAUCUACCGCGCCUGGGCCCAGUUCGCCCUGCAGGAGAGGUACCUCAAGCGAGCCGCGGCGAACGUGCACAUGGCCAUGUUCGGCUGGGUGGAGGGCAAGAGCAAAAGCCUGGCGCACAGCUCCUUCCUCAGCUGGCACCACCUGGCCGUCUCCGAGUCUGCGGUGCGAAGGAAGGAGGAGGAGAUGCAGAAGCUAAAGGGCGCCUACGACAAGGAUCAGGCUGCCAAGGACGCGGAGUUCGCUCGCAAGCUCCGCGAGAUCGAGAGCCAGCGCAAGGACCGCACCAGCUCAGUGGAGGCGGUCAUGGCCAACUGGGCCAAGGGCAAGUCCAAGGGAACGCAGCAGCUUUGCUGGAAGCACUGGUCUCUGUGGGCCAAGGAGCAGGGCCGAAGGUUGCGGCGCCACGAGGGCAUUCAGCUGCAGCUGCGGCGCUGGGCGGAGGGCGAUGCCCGGGGCCUCCUCCAUGGAGUUUGGCUGCGCUGGCGGAACGAAGCCCAUCAGAGCAGGUUGGCUUCGCAGGCGCAGAAGGUGAUCGACCAGCAGGCACAACAGCUCGAGAAGCUACUGGAGGACGAGAGGAGGAGAUCCUCGGCUCUGGAGCAGCAGCACGCCAUGAGCGCCGCCGAGCGGAAGGCUGCGGCCCAGAGGCUGGUGCAGUACGUGGCCGCGCGCUGGGAGGGCGGCGACAAGAAGGGCACCCUCAAGGGCGUGACCCGAGCCUGGAGCAGCUACAUCCUCGAGAGCAAGCGCAAGGGUCGGCGGCGGCAGGCAGUGCAUGCGGCGCUGAUCAAGUCCUUCGCGGGGGAGGCGCGCGGGAACCUGAAGCUGGCGCUGCUGAACUGGCACGCCACUGCCAAGGACGAGCGCAUGGUGCGCCAGCUCGAGCAGAUGCAGUCCAGCUCGGACGACAAGUGGGGCAAGUUCCUCAAGGAGACGGAGGACGCCCACGAGGCUGCGCUGGCCAAGGCCUACGACUCCGUGGAGUGCGUCAAGAUGCGGGCGCACCACGCCACGCAGAUGGUGCUCAAGAGGUGGAUGGGGGGCGAUGCUGCCGGCACUCGUGCGCAGAUGUUCCAGGAUUGGAAGGAGUACGUCCAGAACAAGCUGCAGGCGGACGCGCAGCGGCAAAGCGUCAAGGACUCGGUGCUCAGAUUCAUCGAGAGCGAUCAGCGUGGCGCCAUGCAUUCCUGCUUUUUGAGCUGGAUCAACUACGUGCGCUUCGAGGCGAAGCAUCAGCACCUGCUGGAUGAGCAGCAGAAGAAGAUCCAGGGGCUGGAGAUGCAGAUGUCCAGCAUGCUGCAGAAGAAGGAGCAACAAAUGCUCAGGGCGGCGGAGACCUUGGCCGGCAAGGGCCCCGCGCUCAAGGGCAUGGUGCUCCACAUGUGGCACGAGCUGAGCAUCGGCGAGAAGCGGCGCGCGGAGGAGGAGCGCGAGCGCCUGGUGGCCCUGGAGGAGAUGGAGAAGCAGCGGGAGGCCAACGAGCAGCUCCGGCACGAGCGCAUCGCCCGAGCGCUGGACGGCAUGGGCUGCCGCAGGACCCGGGUGCUGCUGGGCGAGUACUUUGCCGCCUGGGCGUAUCUGUGGGACCAGAGUCGGAUCGAGCAGAUGCAUAAGCUCAACCACAAUGAGCAGAUGCUGCAGUACUCCCAGUUCAUGCUGGGACAGAAGAUGCGGAACGACUCGAAGGCGCUGUCCUCCGCGGUGUUCCACGCCUGGCACGUGCACCGAGUGCACGGCCGACUGGCCUCCCACGAGCUGCACCGGGAGACCCUGGAGGAUCGGCUGGGGGAGGCGAACGGCAUCAUCCAGCAGCUGGAGCAGCAGCGGGCGUUGCUGCAGGACCAGCUGCAGAUGUACUACCAGCAGAUCGACCUCAUCACGGAGACCCUGCAGAAGGAGCUACAAACCAAAGAGGAGUUGGCUUCGGAGCUGCGGGACGCCUAUGAGAAGCUGCGCCAGAACGCCAAGGUGACCAUGCCUACGCCCACCACCGUGGCUAGUGACACGGGGCUCUCUCGCGCCAGCAGUGUGGAUGCGCGCCGCAAGGUGCUGCAAGAUCCCACGCCCAAGGGUCCCCGUACCCCGCGCCCUGUUGCGGAGCCCAUGUCGCUGAGCGGCGCCGCCUCCGGCGGCUCCGCCGGCGGCAUCGCCGGCGGCACGUCCGGAGCGCUGGGGUCCCGUGCGCCAGUGCUGCCCCGACGGCUCCGAGAAGAGGAUUCGCCCUCCGCGUGUGACUGGCGAGCCGCAGUGCAGCGCAUGAACGAAGAGGGUCUGGUGCACUUGGACGCGUGACGGCGCGCGUUCUGCGCGCCUAUCCGCGUUGACCGGCCCGAAGGGUGGAAGCUCCGCACCCGUUCUAUG